GCCUCCUCCUCGCUGCCGCCUCGCCAUGGACCCGGCGCCUGCAGCCUCCUGCCCGGCUCCCACCUCUCCACCUCUGCGCUGGCCGACGCGCCCCGCCACCGCUCGAGUCCAAGGGCCUCGCCUCCAUCUCCUGCCGUCGUCAGCAAGCAGCCCUGCCGGAGCUCUUCUUCUCAUGUGCACCAUCGUCGACCAAGCCGAGCAGCACCGGGACCCCGACGCGCCCCUUCUCCUCCCUGGCUCUUCCUCGCUUGGGCGCACCUCACGCCGUCAUGAGUUCAUCACGUGAUUGGGAUAGAAUCGCAUCUUGGGCACGACAGUUGGCCACAAUCGAGCGCCGUGAUGAGACGUCUGCUACAUCCACCGAUGACCUCCAACUCAAGGCGUCCAUGGACGCCAUCAGUGUGUAUCCAUCCGAGCUCGCAGUGCCUAAAGCACCAUUUCCGUCCGUGACCACCGACAAUUCCGUCCCGGAGCUUAGUGUGACUGACAAGGUGCUCGAAGUUGACGACACCAGCAACGCCGCUACGCUGCCCACCACCUGUUCGAUAGGGUGCCCAAGGUGUGACACGCCCGAGGAGUCAGCGCUCACUUUGUCCAUGACACUACCUUCAUCCAUGGUCAUUGGCAACGCCGCUUCCGAGCUUGCUGCACCUGUAUGUGGCCUCUAUCAUAAUACUGACAAAGACGACCCAAUGGUGUCGUGCCUAGUUCCCUGGAGUGCACCUUCACCCUUCACAAUGCCACAUGAAGCCUCACCAAUGCCUCUGCCUUGGCUGUUUCCUGUCCUUGAUGUGGACAACUUGGCACCCACUAGGUGUUCGACAGAGGUACCUAUCAAGAGCGUGUUCUCCAUGGCAUCUCAGUUCACACAAGGCACUGACACUCAAGGCACUAACAGUAGAGUUGAGUUGCAUCCGUUACCAUGGGCAUCCUUUGCAUGCAUUCUGAUGGAAAUUAGUGCAGCUGGAAACACUGGAGAUACUUGUGACAAUUGCUUCAGCUGGUUAUAACCAUGCAACAACCAGUUGGUGAGAGCAGUUCCAUUCUUCUGUACACUGAUAGAUGGUUGCUGGAGAUUCCUUCUAGUUCAAUACUACAAGGGCUUCCAAGUGGUUUUGCAACCAAAUUUCAUAUGUAAAUGUUCUUAGAAGUUCUGAACUCCUGGAGCUGUUCUAUACCAAGUGCAAAACUUGGAAGGCUGAAGAGGUGUAAUUUGUUAUGUGCUUUGAA